AGUAUACUGCAUGUUGGGCUUGAUAAUAUAUGGGCAUUUCGCUAAUAUAAUAUAAUUAUGUAACAAACGGAACUUCUCCCUUGUUGUCUGCUAUGUAAUUUUUACACAAAAUGAAGACAAAUGACAGAUGACGCGUUUGACAGUUUGUCAAAAGCCUGACAUCGUGCUUACGUUUUGUGCCUAACAUUCCAGAAAUCCAACAAGCCAAGCCAAGGAGAACGAAAAUUCCACAUAUUGCAAAUAUUUUUCGGAGAUUAAUCCUAUUUUCUUGUUUUGACGUAUUAGUGACAAAAUCGCAGCAAAAACCUCGGUGAACGAGGGAACUGAGGCCUAGGAAGUAGACUACAAUUUUUAGCUGUACGUGUAAGCACAGCAAAAAAUAGUAUUGGGAGCCGAAAAUGUCCAUGGUAACAUCACCCUCAGUAGAACUAAGCUCAUAUCGUGAUCAACACUUCAAGGGCACCAGAGCAGAACAAGACAAAUUACUAAGACUUACAUGCACCCUUUACGUAGGAAACCUAUCUUUCUAUACAACAGAAGAACAGAUUUAUGAACUUUUCUCAAGAUGUGGAGAUAUCAGGCGAAUCGUUAUGGGAUUGGAUAAAUAUAAGAAAACACCAUGCGGAUUUUGUUUUGUAGAAUAUUACACCAGAGCUGAUGCAGAGAACUGCUUAAGGUAUAUAAAUGGCACAAGGCUGGAUGAUAGAAUAGUCAGAACAGAUUGGGAUGCAGGUUUUGUUGAAGGGAGACAAUAUGGUAGAGGCAAAACUGGAGGACAGGUUAGAGAUGAAUACAGAACAGACUAUGAUGCAGGACGAGGUGGUUAUGGGAAAAUAAUUCAACAGAAGAUUGUACCUAUGGACGUUCCAGCUAUGUUCAGACCUUAAUUUAUGAGUAAUGAAUAAAUCCAAAUGUGACGUGUGAUUUAAUAGACUUUUUCUGACUUUUUUUGAUAAUAAAACAUUAUUUAAACUAUUUUGAUAUGUGCUUUCCUUGAACCUAAUUCCCUGUUGAUCUCUUGAGAAGUUCUGCUUCUUGAAUGCUUUUCUAAUACAAAACGUAUCAC